AUGGCACCCAACGACCGCAUCUCUCAAAUCGCCUCUCACCUCAACUACCCUCGUGGUCUUCUCGCCGGCCAAGUAGCCAUCGUGACCGGAGCAGGUCAAGGCAUUGGAGCAGAGACAGCGCGCCUAUUCGCCAAUGAAGGAGCCAAAGUCGUCAUCUCAGACAUCGAUGGCGAGAAAGCAUCUUCUGUAGCCAACUCCAUCAACAGCAAUGGCGGCAAGGCAUUAGCCGUGCCCGGCGAUAUGCUAGACGAUGCCUACCUAAAGACUCUAGUCGAAAAGACUGCCGAAUUUGGCGAAGGCAAGAUCCACAUCAUCGUCAACAAUGCAGGUUUCACUUGGGAUGGUGUAAUUCACAAGGUAUGCUCUUUUCCCCAAACCUCUCAACCAUACCAUCCUCUGACAAAGAAACACAGNACAACAGACAAGCAAUGGGACACCAUAAUGUCCCUCCACGUCUCCGCCCCCUUCAAACUGAUCCGCAACGCCGCCCCUUACUUCCGCGUCAAAGACAAAGCUCCCAGAAACAUCAUCAACAUCUCCUCAACAUCUGGUCUACACGGCAACGCAGGCCAAGCCAACUACGCAGCCGCAAAAGCCGCAGUCACAGGCUUAACAAAGACGAUUGCAAAAGAGUGGGGUCCUGCAUUCGGUGUGCGCUGCAACACUGUAGCCUUCGGUUUUAUUGCUACGAGACUUACGGCUGCAAAGGAAGAGGGUGCUUUUGUGACAACGCCUGAUGGCGAAAAGGUGGCCUUGGGAAUUCCCGGUGCGCAGAAGAAGGGUAGAGAGGAAGGUGCUGGCGCCUACAAGGAUAUCCCGCUGGGAAGACCCGGUACUGCUACUGAAGCUGCCGGAGCCAUUCUGGGUGUCGUGAGUCCUUACUUCUCAUAUGUCAGUGGGCAGACCAUCAGUGUCACUGGAGGACGCAACAUUUGA